AUGUCUGAUAAAAGCAGUUUAGAACCUCCAUGCCGAAGAUUUUUAGGAAAUGAUCACAACUAUAUUAAUUUUAAUCUCAUACAGGCUCACCAAAAGCUCAGAGAUAGUGGAUGCAAGAGAAUAAAUUCGAUUGUAAAAUAACAUAUAAGUUAGAAAUUCUUAACAAGGAUAAAUUGCAAAACUGAUGCUUCCAUGAUCAAAGUUGGACCUCCUAAGCAUGACGUUUUACGACUUACCUUUAGAAAAAGCUAAAUACAGAGAGGAUGGAUAUUUGGCCAAAGUUUUAUAUCUGAUUAUAGAAGGGUAGUACUUAAAUGAAACUAAUCCGGCAUUCGAACAGUAGCUUUAAACCAUCCUAACUAAAAAUGAAUAAGAUGAAAAGCUUAUUCGAAUUGAUUAAAAAUAAAUAUAAGAAAUCUAGAAUGAUUUGACAUAUUCUGAAAGAUACGUUGAUUACUUGAAUAACAAAUAUCAUAUCCCACAAGAGUAUUCACAAAAAAUUAAAAAGGUAACAUCAUAUUCUCAAUUUAGAUACAAUAAUUGAAGUAGUAAGUAAAGUAGGAAUUGGCGAUCAGUCCACAAACAUCCCCUCGAAAAAUCACCUUACAAAAGGCAUAAACAUUUCAAUUAAGCCCUAAUCAUUGUGUAGAACCUUCUCUAUUUAUUAAAAAUUCUUAUGGUGCUAAAAGAGCUUCAAAGCUACAAAAGGCUGAAGUAGAUAGCAUAGUUGAUAGUUUAAGACAAGAACCAAAAAAAUAAAUAGAUUUGUAAGAUAAUGAUCCAUGUAAUGUCCAAUCAAUGAAGCAGUCAAGAUCAAAGAUGUUAGGGUCUUUAUUAAAAAGGAUUUAAAAAUAAAAUCAAAUGGAUUAAUCAAAUACAAAUACAAACACUAAUUGUGUAUCGUCGCCAAUAUCAAAAAUGAAGAAAUCUAAUUCUUCAAUUUUUGCAACUAGAUUUUCAAGACCUACUGAAAGAUCAAUUGAUUAAAUCAAUAUAUAAUGA